AUGUCAGAUACUCUCUCUUUCACAAGCUUUUACAAUGUCGUCAACGGCAAGUUUCGCGGUUCCGAGACAUCUCACCAUGGUGUCGAUCCCGCUACUCAAGAUCCCCUGUGGAAUAUCCCGACAGCGAAUGAGCAAGAUGUCAAUGAUGCUGUACAAGCUGCAAACAAUGCCUUGCAAACCUGGAAGAAGGUUCCAUUUGAAGAGAGAGUAGAGAUACUAAGGACAUGGGGAGAGGCGUGUAAGGCUUACCUCAAACAGUUUAGUGAGCUGAUCACGAAGGAGAAUGGAAAACCGAAACUUUAUGGUGAGCUGGAGGCCAAUCACUCGUUUCAUGAGGCUUUCAAUUACUUCCUGACGCUGAAAAUACCGGAGGAGGAGUACACUGUGAAUGAUAGGAAUUACUACGUUAGGUACACGCCUCUAGGUGUUGUAGUCGCUAUUUGUGCCUGGAAUUUUCCUCUUGGGCAACCGAUUAUGAAAAUACUUCCAGCCUUGAUGGCUGGUAACUGCUGUAUAGUGAAACCGUCUCCGUUCUCUCCUUACAGCGCAUUGAAGGUGAUCGAGCUGGCUCAGAAUUAUCUCCCACCAGGUGUUCUGCAAGUCCUGAGUGGUGAUGACAGGCUCGGCCCCUGGUUGACUAGUCAUCCUGAUAUUCACAAAAUCACCUUUACUGGUUCAACCGCGUCUGGUAAAAAGGUGGCAGAAACAGCAGCAAAGACUCUCAAACGAAUCACCCUUGAACUAGGGGGUAACAACGCAGCGAUCAUUUUCCCCGACGUGGAUGUUGAUAUGGUAGCCUCUGAGGUCGCCAUGGGGUCAUUUUGGAACACCGGACAGGUUUGUACCGCCGUUAAACGAAUAUAUAUUCACAAUGACAUCUAUCCACAAAUGCUUGCAGCCCUAGCAAAGGCGUCUCUGAAAUUUAAGAUGGGACCAGGGAGUGAAGAUGGAGUGCUAAUGGGUCCGGUUCAAAAUGAGAUGCAAUAUCACAAAGUGAAAUCAUUAUUUCAGGAAGCCAGGACCAACAGCUAUAAAGUGACUGUGGGUGGUCAAGUGAAAGACGAUACUGGCUUCUUCCUGGAGGCCACAGUCAUUGACAACCCACCGGCGGAUUCGAAGCUCGUCACAGAGGAGCAGUUUGGUCCUAUUGUCCCAACGCUACCAUGGUCGAAAGAAGAAGAAGUCAUCGAUCACGUUAACAGCACCACAAUGGGGCUUGGCGCAAGCGUCUGGACAAGAGAUAUGCGGAAUGCGCGAAGGAUUGCACAGCAACUGGAAGUGGGCAGUGUGUAUAUUAAUAGCUACGAAAAAGUCUCCUUCCGGGUUCCUUUUGGCGGCCACAAAGAGAGUGGCAUUGGUUACGAGUGCGGUCCAUCAGCUUUAGUUCCAUUUUGUAAUAUGCAAGUCGUGCACUACAACUUCAAGACUCUAUAGGUCCGGAAAGGGGGAUUAUGGAAGAUAUUGCUACCUAUGGCUGGAUCGGAAGUCACAUCAGCCUGCAAAUUAAAUUCCUC